AUGUCUUUCGCUAAUGCUUUGAAUAGUAUUGAUGAUAUUAAGCAGGGCUUCAGCGCUUUUGGAAACGUGUUACAAGCAACAACGGUAUUUCAAAAAGCCAAUGCCGCUGCAACUGUUGUUACUACUGUUGCAAUGAAGGCUUUAGGGUUGGGGGCUGAGACUUCAGCGGUUGGGUUUAAGGUGUUGAAGGGUGCAAUUAUAGCAACUGGUAUUGGUGCUUUGGUAAUCGGGUUGGUUGCGUUGAUUCAAAACUUUGAUGCUGUUAAGAAGGCUGUAUUGAAUCUGAUUCCCGGCUUAGGGGGUAUUGCAACCUUUAUUGGAAAUAUCAUUGAUAAGAUAACAGAUUUUGUUGGUAUCACUUCUGAAGCUGGUAGGGCUGCUGAAGCAUUGAUAAAGCAAACUGAAGCUAAUAUAAAAAAGACUGAAGAAUUCUUGGAUGCUGCCGGUUACAAGUAUGACCAAUACACCCAAUCAAAAAUCAAAGCAAAUCUUGAUUAUCAGAAGCAUCUGGUUGAAAUAACCAAGGAUGAAACAAAGACUGAAGCUGAGAAGCAAGCCCUAUUGAAACAAUACAGGGAUAAAGCUGAUUUUGAAAUUGAUAAGGCUGAUGCUGAUAGGAAUGCUAAGAUUAAAGAAUCUGUUGAUAAGGCUAUUGCUGAAGAAAAAAGGAAGGCUGAUGAAGCUGCAAGACUUAAGAAGGAAGCAGCGGCAAAACAAAAAGCCAUUGAUGAUAACAUAAUUGCACAGGAUAAAAUAACUGCAAAGCUUAUCCUAGAUGCUAACCUAGCUGCUAUUAAAGACCAAUCAACCAAGAAGUUUGUUCAAUUGGGGGCUGAUAAGCAAGCUGAAAUUGAUGCCAGCCUUGAGGCUUUAAAUAAAAAAUUAAUCAAUCAGGAAACCUUUAAUGAAAGGAAGGCGGCAAUUGAUUACAGAUAUAGAAUAUUAGAAAAGGAUUUAGCUGUUGAACAGGCCAAGGCAACUGAAGAAGCCAGAUUAAAAGCAGUUGAAGAAGCAAGACAAAAAAGCCUUGAUGCCGCUGCUGAUAGGGUUGUUUCAAGUGAAGCCAAUGUUACCAAAACCGUAAGGGAAAACAGAAUUGUAACCAAUGAAAAUAAAGGUGAAGGGGAACAGGUUGAUACUGUUGAAUCAGCAACAGCAAAGGUCAAUGCUAUUGCAGAUGCUAAAAGGAAUGCUGAACAGUUUGCUUUUGAACAGGAACUUCUUCAAGCCAAUGGCAAUGCAGCCCAAUUGGAAGCGGCUAAUCAAAACCAUCAGGAUAAAUUAUCCCAAAUAGCUGAUGAAGCUGCAACUUUUAGACUUGAGAUAAAGCGAAGGGAACAGGAAGGACAAUUAGCCCUGUUAUCAGGUAUAGGUUCUGCAACCUCUGCUUUAGCUGGUGUAUUGGGUAAAUCUUCAGUAGCUGGUAAGGCUAUUGGUGUUGCCAAUGCUUUAAUCAAUACUUAUCAGGGUAUUGCCGCUGGUGUUAAGUUGGGUUAUCCUGCUGCUAUUCCGGCUGUAAUUGCCGCUGCUGCAACUGGUUUUGGUGCUGUUAAAAGUAUCUUAUCUACAAAGGUUCCGGGAACAGGUGAUAGCGGGGCUGGAAAUGUUCCAUCAGUCCCAACCGCUGCAAGCCUAGCACCACAAGUAACAGCAGCCCAAACACUGCCACAGAAUGUACAAGAUGUAAGGGUUACCAAUACACCAACUAAUGAACCUGUAAGGGCUUACAUAGUUGACAGGGACUUGCAAAGCAAUCAGCAAAAAUCAAACUUUCUUAACUCAGUAAGCAGCUUUUAA